GACGAGAAUUCAGGUGCGGAGUGGGACGUAUUUGGGCGUAUGCCUCCCAACACGCCGGUCUAUGACAGAAAAGAGCUGGAGACACGACUAGCGACUUGCAUCCGACAACAUGAAGCUCCAAUUUACAGCGGUGAAACAAGUGAGGAUAUUGAAGUC